AUGGCGAUCAAGGCGGACUACGAUGCCUUGGUGGUGGGAGCCGGAUUCGGGGGCAUCUAUCAAUGCUACUCGCUGAGAAAACUCGGCCUCACGGUCAAGGUCAUCGACGCUGCCGGUGGUGUCGGCGGCACCUGGUACUGGAACCGGUAUCCUGGGGCCAUGAGCGACACAGAGAGCUAUCUGUACCGCUUUACCUGGGACAAGGAGGAUCUCCAAACUUACCCAUGGUCCCAUCACUACGUCAAACAGCCCGAGGUGUUGCGCUAUCUCCAACACGUGGUUAAGCGUCACGAUCUGGAGCAGUACAUGCAGUUCCACACCGAGUUGGUGGCGGCGAACUGGGACGAGAGCAGUUCCACGUGGAUCUGUGAUGUGAAGACGGCCGACGGCUUCCGCUCGACCAUCCGCGUGCGCUAUCUCGUUACCGCCCUCGGGCUUCUCUCCAAACAAAACUUUCCCGACAUUCGUGGACUCGAGACCUUCCACGGCGACCUGGUCCACACAGGCUCAUGGAAUCCGGACCUUGAAGUGACGGGUAAGCGCGUCGCCGUCAUCGGCUCGGGCUCGACGGGCGUGCAGGUGGUUACGGAAAUCGCCUCCAAAGUCAAGGAGCUGGUGAGCUUCCAGCGAAAUCCCCAAUACUCGGUCCCGAGUGGGGACGGACCCGUGACCGUAGAAUACCGGGACCAGAUCAAUGCCAACUACGACGCCAUCAUCGAGAAGAACAAGGCCUCGGUGUGCGGAUUCGGCCUUGACGAGGCCACCAAGGGCUUCGAUGAAUUCACGCCGGACCAACAGCAACAAAUCUUCGAGAAUCUCUGGCAACGCGGCAACGGCUUUCGGUUCAUGUUCGGGGGCUUCGCUGAUCUGACCGUCAACCGCCGGGCCAACGAGGCGGCCUGCGAAUUUAUCAAGGGGAAAAUCCGCCAGACGGUCAAGGACCCGGAGAAGGCCAAGCUCUUACUGCCGAGACAACCCUAUGCGCGACGGCCGCUCUGUGACGGCGGCUACUAUCAGCAAUUCAACCGGGACAACGUCCACGUGGUGGAUCUCCAGGCCAGUCCCAUCCAGGAGAUCACCCCGACCGGCAUCCGGACGGCGGAUGGCCGCGAUUUCGCGUUCGAUGUGAUCGUCUUCGCCACGGGCUUUGAGGCCGUCGACGGCAACUACCUGCGCCUCAGCAUCACCGGCCGGGAUGGGUUGUCGCUGCAAGACCAGUGGCGGAACAGCGGGCCGCGGGCGUACAUGGGCGUCUCGGUCGCCGGGUUUCCCAACUUGUUCCUGGUGACCGGGCCACAGGGCGCGUUUUCCAACAUCCCGGUCCUGAUCGAGACGCACGUCGAGUUCAUUACGCGCGUCAUCGCCGAGGCCGAGCGUCGGCGGGUGCCCCAAGUAGAGGCGUCACAAGAGGCCCAGGAUCGGUGGGUGGCGGUCUGCGAGCACCUGGCCGAGGGUUCCAUCUUCCGCGAGGCCCAGUCGUGGAUCUUUGGCUCCAACGUCCCCGGCAAAGUCACCUCGACCCGGUUCUUCUUUGGCGGCUUGGGCAACUAUCGCAAGGCGCUGGACGAGGUCAUUCAAGGAGGGUUUGAAGGAUAUCCGGCCUUGCAAACGGCUGGCUAG